CGCGCUCCUGGUACAUCCUGUUAUCUAGUUCUCUAGGUGCCACUUUUGUUUUUAAGAUUGCUAGAACAAAUCGAUCCACGAUGAUUCCUGGUUUCACGCUUACAGGAAACGUAACAAUCCCAACGACAACUAUCCCCCUCCCCACGAAGCCCAACGGUUCAUCAAUAUCAGCGUGAAGCACAAUCGAGCUCCCGACCACAGCGCACUGCAAACGCCGCCGAACCACAGAAUGUGUCUCCAGCAUGCCAUCCCUUUGGUAUCCGCUCGCUGGCCCCAAUAGUACGACCGGAUGAACAUAUCAACCAUCAGUCCAUCAGAAGCGGUUCUUAAGGAUCGUAUAAAAAACAACCUUUAACUCUCCAUACUCCACAUGGCCAAAGGCACAGGCACAGAUAUAAUGAUCCCAUAGGUAUGCGCAUUGGCCUUCCGCCUGCCGCAGCUUCUAGUAUUCGUUCUUCAUACGCCUGGCUGUACAAACACGUCGACGCUGAAUCGAAAAUUCCAUGGAAAACUUAGAAAAUGAAGUGAUGGCGAGGAGCGGACAAGACGCUGGCGAAGCCAAAGGCUUCAAGUAAAUAAAGAAUUGUGGAAUACCACGGGGUGGACAUUAUGGCUACUGAGAAAAGGGGGGGAGCCAUUCACGUAAAGAAACCGUGAACAGUUAAGUAGGCUAGAGUCGUUUUAUUUUCAUAGAUUUUCGCUCCCCUUUUUUAAUGUAACGCUGCAUAGUGUUUUGGUAACUGGUACGGGUUUCCAAAGUGCAGCCAGCACGUAACCUAAGUUCGUGUCUUGAUAGACAGAAAACGGAAGCGGAUGAACCUAGGCCAAAUGUAAUGGUGAACUGUAAUGGUGUAUAGAAUAGACCACUAAGCCCAACACGCGAGGUGUACGGUUGAGUUUAAAGAGCUGUUAGACCAAACACGGGCUGAAUGUUGAGGAGCUCUUAGAAAAGAAGACAUACAUCUGGCAGUAGAAGACGCUGAAUGGCGAAGAAAAGCUGCGCGGGAACAUGAUAUUCUAAUACAACACAAACCACGCAAUGUAUAGACGUCGGUCUACUAGUGCGAUCAAGAAGCAAGGACUUGUCACGCUUCGACACGGAUCUAGUGCAUAGUGAUCCAUCUGACGCUGAUUGAACACGAGUCAGGAAGCGCCAUUCUGCCAGCAAAGAGAUCGUAAGCUGGGAACUUAAGAAACCAAGAAAUAGAAGAAGUGUUUCAUAUUUUCGUUGAAUUGUGUCCCAACGUGUUCGUGUAUUUUCGGUUUUUUCCGCUAAAACAAAUGCAUCCAUUCUCUACGAGUAUCCUUACCUGAAGGUCGGGAAGCCUAGAAGGAGUCGAGGGAAUGGUUUCCACAUGGUAAAGGAUCGUCAAUGAGCUGUACAUAGUUUAAGCCGGAUCGUACUUGGAUUAUUUUAGCAGAAACGUGGUAACGGCCAAUGGCGAAUGAAUAAAAGCUCUAUUAUAUUAAACAAAGCAAUUAAGCGAAUGAGGCGAAGAGGUAAAAAAUUAUACAAAUGAGAAGCGCUAACAGAAGGAAAACUCUAAAGGUCUAGUCACACUAAACGUAAGCGUAAAUCCCAUCACAUCACACACGUACACCACAACCACAGAAAACCACGUCGGCACGAAGGCAGCGGAUGGUACGGCUAGGAGAGGAGUAGCACAGUUUUAGCAUAAUUUCCAGCAAUGGCGUGGCUGCGGUACCUCUGCGGUCCGAUCGAGUAAGCGGCGAACCGACAGGAUUAAUGUAACCACCUGAAUACUCCCCACCACAACGUACACACAUACACACACACACACACACCCAACCCACGAAAGUAGUAGUCGUCGAGAGUUGCCAAAAGAUACGAUAAGAACAAUCCGACAUGGAAUACUGGCGAAUAAGCGAUCUGAACAAUGAGAAAAGGACGAGAAAGUUGGUAAAGAAGAAGUUGAUUGAUAACAUGAUGAUGCUAGCCAGUUAGUCAAACGUGCUCAUACAAAGCACGUGAUUGAAUGGCCGAUGCGUAGUGCACGCAUCUCCCUGUCUCUUUCUCUUUCUCUCUUUUAAAGGGGUAACGCAAUACGCAAUGAUGUUGCUGAGGCUGAUAACACACGGUUAGCGCGAAGAGUGCAGCGUGCAGCAACGGGUUGUAUUUGAUAAAGAGAUGAAACAAAAUGUAGAACAAACAAACAAACAAAAAUUAAAAAGUAAAUUUCCAAAAACAACCGUUCCCAUGAUCAUCAUCACGAUCUCUCUAGCGAACAAUUGCACGUCUCUAAAGUUCUCCAAACCAAAAAAAAAAAAAACAAACACAAACACAAAAAAACCGUGUCACGAUGUUUAAGAGUAAGAAAACGGAAAAUUCCAAUCGUGUAAGCAAAUGUGGAAAAGGCACAGCACGGGUAUUCAAGAGAAACGCUGAUUAGGUAUGUUUCUUCCCUGCUGCCGAGAGAUGCCGGUAAGCUGACAAAAAAAAGCUAGUGAUUAUAGAAAUGUUUAGUGUUGCUAGGGUAAAAACAGAACAAAACAAGAAAAAAAAACUUAACAAGGAACGGAGAGAAAAAAAGCAGCAGAUUGCCGGCUUGUCCUGGAUCCCGGUAGUCCUACUACUACUACCGAGCAAUCUUGGUUACUUGCCGUAACGAGCCGUGUAGUAGGCUGUGGCGCGGGAUGGGAUGGUGUGGUCCCCCUCUUCUUAAAUGGUGUUCUAGGUGGUCUAGGCUGAUGGGUGCGCACAGCCGCCUGCACGCCCUCGGCCAGGUUCGUCGUUUCGUCGUGGUUUCUGUUUUCCUGUUUUUGUUUUUGUAUUUAACAUAUAUUUCUUUAAGAAAAAGAAAAGCAAAA